UUUCAGUUAUUCUUCAACCUUCGUCCUGUUCAGUCGCCCAUCUAAGCAAAGCAUAACUUAAUAUUAUUUAUUUAAUUAUUAAAUAAGUUAAUAUUGAAUUUAGUUAAAAAUAAAUCUAAAAGAUGAACUGUGUGAUGUGUCAGCGUACCAUGAUCCGGCCCUUCUCCCGGGAGACCACCCCGCAGCUCUGUGUCUGCGAGAUGGAGCACUACCAGUGCCUCGAGUGUGACGAGCACAUGGCCCGCCACUGCGGCUUCUGUGGCGAGAUCACCCACCUACUCAGCGUCACACUGCGCCUGGAACUGGAGCUGGACGUUGGUGUGGCCACAACCAAGGCUCAUCGAUCCGCGAAGCCGGGCAACGACGGGAAGAUGAUCACGCUGUGGCAGAACGACAAUCUGAGCGACUUCACGCGCUAUUGCAGCCGCACCAACCUCUUGGAGAAGAAGCGCUCCCGGUCGGAGGUGUCUGCCCGGAAGAGUUCUCCGGUGAAGCCGCGACGUCGCAGCAAUUCUUUGGACGGGGACAGGCCCCCUUUUCCUGAAUCGCCGCUGUGGGAAAAUGCAUCAUCGCAGGAUUCUGAGGAGAAUGCCGAAGUCGAGCUGGAGGAGCAGCAGAGCAGUGAGGGAACACUUAAGGCGGAGCAGCCAGUGGAAGAAAGUACGAGUGAAAUCUCGAAGUUGGAGAUUUCAGAGAUGUCGGGGAAGUCAGAGAAGUCGGGGAGAUCACAGAGAUCCGAGAAGUCGAAGAAGUCAAAGAGGUCAAGAAAGUCCAAGAAGUCGGAUAAGUCUGAGAUGUCACAAAAGCAGGAAUAUCAAGAGGCGUUGGAGAAUUUGGAGAAGCUAAAGACAAAGAAGUCUGAGAGUCAGGAGAAGCCGAAGACGCCAGAGCUGGAGGAGAAGCCUGAGAAUCCGGUGGCUUCCACCCAAGCGAAGCAGGAGAACAAGCCUGUGCCCGUGGAAAGAAAUGUUCUGGGUCCACGAAACAACUACUCUCUAUCUCUUCUGGCCUCCGAUCCCCCAAACACGGAUCAGAAUGCACUUUGCAACUUGAUUUCAAUGGUACGCCGUGUGAUCUACACAGGACGCAAGUGGAAGGAUUGGCACUCAUCGAGCGUGGGAUGUCCCUCGGUCUUCUUCGACGAACUGAUGAAGAUCCGGAUGAGUGUGGUGGCUGUCGAUCUUCCGAUCGCCAUGGAGAAUAUCACGAGGACUAUACGGCUGGCCAAAUGCCCAGAGUUCAACUGCCCGACGUAUCUCUGUGCGGAGGGGCUCAACGAUCACCUGGUGGGCUGCCAUCGGUUCUGGACCAUCGAUCGGAUCCGUUUGGGGGAGCCGAAGAGCUUCUGCAUGGAUCUCCGGCUGACGCUGCGCAACGUGCCCAAGUGCCACGCCGUAAUGCAGGUGGAGAACGUGGUCACGGGCUUUGGUUUCGGGGAGCAGAAGAACCUCCUCCCGAUUAUGGUGAUGAGCAUGCACAUCAAACUGGGCGACAUCACGGCCAACUCGAACUCUCAAGAGCAACUGACUGCGAUCUGGGCCACCACUGUGGUCACUGAUCUCCUGCCCCUGCGCAUCACUCUCAGCAUGUGGUCCUUGGAGGGCGACAGGCCCGAGUGCAUCAUCUCCUACACGGGACAGGGCUACGAUUUGCGGAACACCCGACGCCCUCUGAAGCUUCUGAGGAGCGGGCGUGCCAUUAUCCUGACCGCCGAUCAGGUGGAGGGGCUGACCCAGAACGGCAUGGAGAUGGUGGGCAUCCAGAUCUCCGUCAAGAUGGACGUCUCUGUUAUGGUUACUGAGGGAGGUACGCCCCUGGACACCGACACCCAGGAUGGCAGCGAGGACGAAAGCGAGGUGGCUGGAAGCACGGUUUCUGAAAGGACUCUUGCUGAGAGCAUUCAAUGAAAACAGGGAUAUUGGAUUUCAUUCGCAUAUUUUUCCAGAGCUGUGGAAAAUUAGGAAAGUGAGAAACAGGACAGGAUGAUGAUGUGGCCAGGACGAAAGGGAAUAAAGAAAAAAAAUGCGAGAAGAUCUGAGGAAAGCGACACUCAAUUUGCGAAAUGCAAUAAAUUGAAUGAAAAGUGUGAAAAUGAAGAGGAGUCAUCAGCAACAGCGACAACACUAACGACCAAAAAGAGACAGAGAAAUGCCGGAUAGAGAUAGGACGACGUCUAAGGGAUAGAAAGAGAUGGAGGAGCGCUAAGAAAGCCAGAAAAUGUAAAUGAAAA